CACCCUUAUCGCCAUUCCCACUACACACACUAUACAGUCCCUUGUGUGUGUGUCAGUCAUGAGGAUCAACAGUAGAAUCAGACUUACUGGUGAUAAAGUCAUUCUUGUGCCAUAUAAGAAAUUACAUGUGGAGAAAUACCACCAAUGGAUGCUCUCACCUCACCUGCAGGAGCUGACUGCCUCUGAACCACUCACCUUACAAGAGGAGUACCGGAUGCAGCAGUCUUGGUUGAAAGAUGAUGACAAAUGUACUUUCAUAGUGCUUGAUAAAGGAUUGAUGACGAAGAAAAAUGAUGAAGUUGAAGCUAUGAUUGGAGACACUAAUCUCUUUUUAGUUGAUCAAGAGGACAGGUUGCUUGCUGAAGGAGAGAUCAUGAUAGCUGAACCCACGUUUCGAAAACAAAAACGUGGCUGGGAGGCAAUGUUACUCAUGUUCCGUUAUGGAGUGGAAGCUCUAGGAAUUGCAAGAUAUCAAGUUAAGAUAGGAGUUAGCAAUACCCCAAGUAUAAACAUGUUCAAAAAGCUACAUUUCAUUGAGGUAGCCAGAUCAGAAGUUUUUCAGGAAGUGACUUUGGAGGUGCAGGUUGAUGAGAAGUGGAAGGCAUGGUUGCUGGAGAAUACCAAAUACUAUAGUGUAAUCCCAGAUGAAAAUGCAGAAUAGGUUUUAAGUGUAAUAAUACUGUAAUAUAGUUGAAUUGUUAAAGUCUUUCACAGGGGUAUCUUUUAAUCUUACUGGAGAACUUAUACUGUAUUCAUCUAAAGCAUAUGAAGUAUAAUAUAGUUACCAUCCAGUGUAAUACUGCAUUAUUAAAUCACAAAUAUUU